GUUGGCCCGUUGGGGCAGAGAAAGGGGUUCCACCAGUCAGCAUGAGGAUUAAAGAUUCCCUAGAACCUGACUGAGGGCGAUGAGGGGUAGGGACUCUACAGGCCAGCUCGGGGCAAAAAAGGCCAUUGGUUAUUCCUCCACCCACCUCCACUCGAUUCGUGUUCCCUGUAUAUUAUCCCGCAUUUGUAGUCAAGGUUGAGCUCAUCGCGGCCCAUACAGAGCACGUGAGACUCAUCCGAGCCUCAACAAGAGUCGGCGAAUUUUCAUCAAAUUAAACUGCGGCUAAUCUGCGGCUACACAGUCUUUGCGAAUACGGACGAUAUUGGUGGGGAACCUGCAGUGACUGCGUCAUAAUUCCGGGAUUUUUGACUAUGCUUCAAGUCUCAGUUUUCAAGGGACCGCAUUAAAUGUCCUGGGAACUGUCCAUCCCCUAAAAAAGGGCCAUUCGCAUCGACAAUGGCUCGUGUGGGAGCUUUUCUCUCAAAGCAUUUCCAGGCCUAUCAAGUAUACGGCGCCAAUACCAGCGUGGGUAAAACGAUAUUCUCGUCAUUGUUUUAUAGAGCCCAUGCUUUGUCGAAGCCCAAAAUCAACCACUGGUAUCUGAAGCCUGUUUCCACUGGCAAUGAAAAUGAACGGGAUGAUAGACACAUCAGUCGCUUCGCUAAACAUGUUUCGAGCAAAUGUUUAUACAUCUUCGACCAGCCAGUGAGUCCACAUCUUGCUGCUGCUGGCAAAAAGUGCCCUACAGAUCGAGAAAUAGUCGAAGCAGUUAGCCAAACGCUUAAUGGAUGGGCACAACAUGGGCAAGGACUUGUCCUCGUUGAGACGGCUGGGGGUGUCUUAUCCCCUGGCCCGAAUGGUACGCUGCAAAGUGAUCUCUAUAGACCACUACGAUUGCCCGUCAUUCUAGUUGCCGACUCAAGAUUGGGGGGUAUAUCAUCUUCCAUUGCUGCGUUUGAAAGUCUUUCAUUGCGCGGAUACGAUGUCGAUGCGGUUGCGGUGCUGGAAGAUAGUUACUAUCAAAACCAUACAUAUCUAGAAGAUUUUUUCUACUCCAAGAAGAAAAUUCCAGUCUUAACUGUUCCCCAGCCUCCUGAAAAGCGGAUGACGGAUAAUGGCUCCCCUGCCGCAAGUGAUGAGCAACAAAUGUCAAAAUAUUACGAAACGCAGGUUCAAAAGCUAGUGACAGAACCACAUGCACCCCUCGCCGGUUUCUUGGAAGGACUCGCCGAAAAGCAUCAUUCCCGUAUCUCGGAACUUGAGUCCAUGCCUUCCAGGGCCCAUGACUCCAUCUGGUACCCCUUUACCCAACACCAGUCGAUAGCUCCAAGGGAUAUCAUGGUGAUCGAUUCAGCAUACGGAGACUGUUUCCAAACCUCCAAAGGCUCUUCUACGGAGUCUGGCUCGAAAUCGACCACAUCUAAUACUGCGCCUGCGCCACAGGAUACACUCAACUUAUUACGCCCAACAUUUGACGGUUCUGCAUCAUGGUGGACACAGUGCCUUGGGCACGGGAACCCUGAAUUGGCAUUGGAGGCAGCCUAUGCAGCUGGUCGAUACGGCCAUGUCAUUUUCCCCGGCGCGAUCCAUGAACCGGCCCUUUCACUCGCGGAGUCCUUGAUUAAAAAGAUGGACAAUCCUCGCUUGAAAAGGGCAUUCUUCUCCGAUAAUGGCAGCACUGGUAUGGAGGUCGCCGUCAAGAUGGCACUCAGAGUAGCGUGCAAGCGGUAUAACUGGAAUUCCACCAAAGAAGACAUUGAAAUUCUAGGCCUGCGCGGAAGUUAUCAUGGUGAUACUAUUGGUACAAUGGACCUCUCAGAACCAUCAAUCUACAAUAAGAAAGUUGAGUGGUACCGUGGCCGUGGCCAUUGGUUCGAUUUCCCCACGGUGAAGAUGAUACGGGGCAAGUGGAUCGUCGAAACACCAGAGGAUUUAAAGGGAUCGCUGGGAGAAAAUACAGAAUUCCCUACCCUACAGUCGAUUUUUGACCUCUCUCGACGAAAACAGUCUGCGGCCGGUCGACGAUACAAAACUUACAUAAAGAAGAGCCUAGAAAAUCUUGUGUUACAGGAUGGUCGAAAAUUCGGGGCCCUGAUCAUGGAGCCAGUGAUCCUGGGAGCUGGCGGGAUGUUAUUUGCCGAUCCACUUUUCCAACAAGCUGUGGUGGAAGUAAUUCGGGACAAUCCGGACUUAUUCGGACAGGGCUAUAAUAAUAAUGCCCCACCACCACCACAACCACCACAACCAUCACUAGCCUCAGAUCACGCAUGGUCUGGACUGCCCGUGAUUUUCGACGAAGUUUUUACCGGCCUCUAUCGCCUGGGCAGAGCGUCCUCCGCCUCCUUCCUUGAUACCCAUCCUGACAUCUCCGUGCACGCAAAGCUACUAACCGGCGGCCUGCUCCCGCUAUGUAUCACUCUAGCAAGCCAGGAGAUCUUCGAUGUGUUUUCCAGCCCGCAUAAAGUCGAUGCCCUGCUGCACGGCCACAGCUAUACUGCCCACCCAGUCGGCUGCAAAGUGGCCGAUGCAUCGCUUCGCAUGCUAACGGCUAAGAAUGCGGAGCGGUAUCAGCAAGCACAACAGCAUGAUCAUAAUAACCGGAAGCAUGAUCAACCAUCAGUGGUGAUCGAGGAUGUGAAGAUGGAGCUUAACCCUCUCGCACAACCUCGGCACGCUUGGAGUAGAUGGUCCGAGCAGCUCGUCCGGGACCUCUCGCACUCAGAACAGGUCGAGGCUGUUUUUGCCCUUGGUACAGUCAUUAGCAUUAGCUUGCGAAGCCAAGAUGGUGGUGGAUAUGGCUCCAACUCCGCCGCUGGCUUACAGCGGCAACUAGCCAAAACAAACGCGGACGGUUUUAACAUUCACUGUAGAGUGCUGGGAAAUGUCUUGUAUUUGAUGUGUGAUCUGACUUCAGAUCCAGAUGAGCUGACCAUGCUAGAAAAAUCGGUUCGUACUGCUCUUCUGUAAAUAGCAUAGGAAAAAAAAAGUUUUAGAUUCUAGGUAGAUAUAUACCGUUUGCUUUGAAAUAUAGAUGUGUCUAGUGAUAUAAGGCAACUAACUACAAAAAAGAAAAAUCUUCUACUUAAAAAACUGCUUUUAACUCGGCGUGGUAGUAUCGCCCCUGAACUCCCCCCGCUGAAACCCUUCCAUGGGAUAGAAUCCCCACUUCUCAAACAUCUUCUUAUCCUCCUCCCAGCCACUGCAGUCAGUGGUAAGCAUUUUCUCCCCAGUAAAUACCGAAUUGGCCCCGGCCAUGAAGCACGCAACCUGCUGCUCUUCAGUCAUGUUGAUGCGGCCCGCGGAGAGUCGCACGGUGGUUUUGGGAAGGAUGAUCCGCGCCGUCGCCACAGUGCGAAGCAACUUGUCAAACUCGAUAGGCUUCCUGUCCCCCAGUGGGGUUCCCUUGAUGGGCACGAGGGCGUUAACGGGGAACGACUCUGGGUGCGCAGGGAGGGUUGCAGCGGUAUGUAGCAGGCCAACGCGAUCGGAGUCCUCCUCGCCCAGCCCUAGGAUCCCGCCAGAGCAAACGUUGAUUCCGGCAUCGCGUACGUGGCUCAGAGUCUGGAGGCGCUCGUCGUAUGUCCGCGUGCUAAUAAUGGAUGGGUAGAAUUCCCGCGAGGUGUCGACGUUGUGAUUGUAAGCGGUCAAGCCGGCUUCCUUGAGCUCCUUUGCCUGCUCCCCAUCGAUCAUCCCAAGAGUCACGCAGACUUCCAUAUCCAGCUUUCUCACGCCGGAGAUCAUUUGCUUCACGUUCCGUAGACUGCUUUUACGACCACGCAUAUCCCGCCAUGCUGCGCCGAGGCAGAAGCGGGUGCUGCCGUUUUCUUUCGCGAUGCGGGCUGCUUCCAGGACAGCAUCGACGGAGCUCAUCUUCGUUGCCUUGAGGCCCGUGUCGUAGCGAGAGGAUUGCGAGCAGUACGAACAAUCUUCUGAGCAGCCGCCAACUUUGAUAUUCAUUAGAGUACAUAGUUGGAUAGCCGAGGGGUCAUGGAAUCGUCGGUGAACAGUUGCCUGUGGGCAUUAUACCAAAAGAAGUCAUUAGCGUCACUUUCUCUCUGUCAAUGAUGGAAAGAGGAGGAAGAGGGGAGAGGAUUUCCCCCCCCCCUCCGAGUGGGAUAAUUUCAUACAGCAGCAUGAGUAAGUUGGUGUAGGGGCGUUUCGUAUAUCUGUCUGAUCUCAUCUCGCGUCCAAUUGAUGCGGGGAGCUUCGGCUGCAAUUGCAUCUUGUAGCACAGUCGACGUUGACGCAGCGGCUGGUGAUAUAGAGGUAGCCGCUCGGGUUUGUGUAAUUGGGGUAAAUAAACGUAGAAAGCUCCGCGCCCCAGCUGGGGACACUCUUAUCGAAGCCAUUCUAAUAAUAUUUGGAAACUGAGCCUGCCUAUAAGCUAGCUAGUUAUUAGAAGACUCUCGGAUGUUUGGCAGGGGUGAAGAAGGGAGAGUGAAUUGGUGUAAGGUUGCAAAUGAUAGUCAAAUCGAAAAAUGACCGACUGCUCCGCGAUUUAGCUCUGCCAUAAUAUCUGAUAAAUGCUCACAUGUUCAUUGGUGCAGGCAAUCGCUGUGGGGGCAAUUUCAGGAGGAAUUCAGAGUAUUAUUAUUAUU